UUUUUUUUUAUCAAUUUUCCAGUGCUGCUCUAGUCAAACACUCGGGCACACAAUGUCUUGGUGCGGUCUAAUAGCGGCUCCCGUAGCCAUAUUCCUGGCGGCCAUGGCCGCGUCUUACUUUCGCAAACAGACCGGCAGAACGGCCGACAACAGCAACGCACCGUCGUCGCAAAAACCUUCCCAAGACGACGGCGAUGGAUUCCACCAGAAGAAAUGCCAUCAACAACGUGAUGUAGCAGCCGUACCCGAAGUUCGUGUCGAGGAGCAGAAGACCGUGAUCGUCGAGUUGGAUUCGUCGCACCAGUCGGACCAGGAAGACGCCGUUGCUCCUAUCGUCCGGCUGCGUUCCUCUUCGGAAUCUUCUGGUUCGUCCACGUCGUCGUCCAACGAUUCUUCGACCGCCACGAAAAUUCUCUCAACCCCCGGCAACAAGAGCUAUUCCAACCCGCCGGACGUGGUCAUGCACCGGACACGCGACAGCGUCGAAAUCGUAGUGACACUGUCGGAGAGUCAAAUGAGAUCGCGUGCAGAAAAUGACGGGUCCGAACAACAGGAUGACAACCAGAGCGACAACGACUCGCUGGAAGACAGCGAAAGUGAUAUAGAGCAGCUGGAUAAAAUCCAAACAAUCCACUUACCGGUAAAAACGGAAAUAGAUCCACAAGGCUCGAGACUUGCAGAAGAAGAGUUGAGAGCAAAGCACGCGGCCGACACGGAACGUUUGCUGGACGAUUUCGAAUGGAAGCUCCGGCAAGUAGAGAGGAAGUGGAAAAGUCGGUUGGACGAAACCGUCAAGACCAAAACGGAAGAGAUGGCCGGAAUAGAAGCCGAAAUCCGAAGGGUCGCCGAAGAAGAAGCGGAUAAGGCCGUGGCCGACGCCCGGACUCGCGCCGAGGAAGCCGAGGCAAGGUUUCUCGCCAAAGUGGCCGAACUCGACGCCGCCAAGUCCGUCAUGGCCUCGGCCACUGCUCAGGCGGCCGAAGAAACUGCCAGGGUAGCGCAGAUCAGUUCAAAAUUGGAGGCGGUGCAGCGACGUCUCCAAGAAACUGAACAAGCCCUCAGAGAACAAUCGGAAAACCACGACCUGGCUUUGCGAACGCGCAUGGCUGAUGCCGAAGUCAAGUUAAAACAGAAGACUGACGAAAUGAAAGCCGAUCUAGAUUCUCGUGUGGAACAAGCGGAACGAGCGGUGCGCCGACAAUGGCGGGCCGACGAGAAAGAAUGGGCUAGCCAAAUGGAAUCUCUGAAAGGCGAGUUGGAAAAAGUCAAGACCAAUUUAGCCACAGUGCAGGGCAUACACGUGAGAGAACUGAACGAAAAGGAACGCAAAUUCAAACAGGAGUUACAGGAUCAACUAUUCCAGACAGAAGCCAGAUUGACGGAAAAAUAUCAAACCCAAUUGGAAACCAAAGAGGUGCAGCUGAACAGAAAGACCCAACUGUUGGAAAGUGCCAGGGAACAGCUGGAACAAGCGGCGGUCGAGACCGAAAAGAAGUUGAAAGAGGCCCGACUGGAGGCAGCCCGACAACUGGACAAUCAGCGGGACCAGCACAAGGUGUUCCUGGAUGAGGUGCGAACGCAAUGCGACAUCGAAGCCUUGGACACGCGCCGGCGGUUCGACAAGCUGGACAUGUGGUACCAAGAGCGGUUGGACUCUCAGCAAACCGAACACGACCUGGCUUUGGAGCGGCUGCACCAGGAAUGCGACCUGAGGGUGGCGGCCGUCGAAAAAGAGGCACAGGCCAAAGUCGCCGAAGUCGAGAGCCAGUUGAAUGAAGUCCAGGCCGAGCUGGACGGAGCUCUUCGCAAGGACGAAGAGUACCAGUUCCAACUGACUGAUAUCACGAGCAAGAUGUACGAAACCUCGCGCAGAGUCGAAGAGGUGGAGCUACGGUUGUUGGCUACCGAAAGAAUGGCUGCCGAAGCCGAACUCAAGGUCAAGAAGAUGCAAGAUCAACAGAGCGAAAGUGCUAAGGUAGCCACGGAUUCCGAGAGAAAACUCAUCGAAGACUACGAGCAAAAGCUCAGCCAGGCCGAGACCAGGGUGUUGGAAGCCAACCGGAACACCGCGGAACUGAAAGCGUGGAUACAGGCCGAGCUGGACCGCAGAGUGACCGAGCCAAGUCUGGACGAGACCGAGAGAGCCAAGCAAAGGACUGAAGCCGAAAGCAGGCCGUUGGAAAAGGAAAACGACACGACGACCGGCGCCGGUGCAGACGACGAUAACGUCGUCGAGUUGUUGGAAGGUCAAUUUUUGCGUUUGGAAAAACAUUGGCGAACUCAAAUGAAACAAAGAGAAGCGCAGCUGAUAAUGGAACACGGGCAAAGACUGACGGCCGAAAGGGAGCGACACGCCAGGCAACUGGUCCAGUGGCACGCCCUUACCGAACAGCUGCAAGACAAACUGGAAGAACGCAAGAGAGAAGUGGUGGAAAACCCCAACCAGUGUGUUGACCAAUUAUUCGAAAAGUCACCGCAGGAAAACCCGGAUGCAAAUGUCAACGUCCAGAUUAGUCCGACACCCGACGAUAAGUCAUCGCUGGUCCGGCCAGAGGACUGUUCGGUCCAUCAGCCGCCGGCUCGCAGUAAUUCCACCCCACAGCCACAGACUUCUACUCAAAAACCACAACCACAACACCAACAGAACCAAGGCAAGCCGAACAGCAAAAACCGCAAAAACCGAGCCCGACAACGGAACGUGCACUAGUCUCGUCAUCGAGGGCGGCGUUUUCUUUUCUUUUUGGAUAUUAAACUUAAGAAAAAAAAAAAAAA